AUGGUCUCGCAAGCUCAGAUCGUCGAUCGCACGGCGAGCGUGCAGGACCGGAUGGGACAUGGAGCCACCUUACGGAAACGGAGCUACGACAACUCCACCGACGCUUCGGCUUCGGACAUCCAUCGAAUCCUACAACGCGCCGGGCACGAGGUAGACUCGAAGUAUAUCAAGUACCUCACGAAGUUUUGCCAUCAUUGCCAGAUGAAAGGCAAAUCACCCUCUCGCUUCAAGUUUACCUUGAAGGACGACUACGAGUUUAAUUACUCGGUCAUCAUUGACGUUUUCUACCUCGAAGGAAAGCCUGUCGAUCCAACAAGCAUGAAGAGUGUCCCAAGCGUGGCGUGCGGCCAUGUCUUUGAGGAACCUGGCAGCACCGAAUGA